GCGAUCACCCCCACCUUUCUCCCCCUGGCGGCGCGACCUACCAGCCCCUGAGCCUCUACUUCGUGGAGGGACCUGGAGUUGGGCGAGGUGGGUGAGAGCGCGAGGGGCCGGGCAGCGGCCGCGCGCGGGCCCUUUAAGGAGGAGCGCGGGGCGCGGCCCAGGUAAGGGGCGGGCCCGCGGGCGGAGGAGCGCUGCGCGCCGGCGCCGGCCGGGAGCCGGAUUUGGAGCGCGCGGCGGCGGCGGCUGGGGGCCGGAGGGGGCGGCGCGGCGGAGCCUCGGUGGCCUGGGACGCUCCUCCUGCGAGGGCCGCCGCCCGCCUCCGCCUGCGCCUGGAGCUCCCUCGCUCCGGCCGGGACAGGUCGCCACUUCCGGCCGUUCCCCUGGGACGCGCUCACCUGGGACGCGCUCCUCGCCUCCGGGCACCUGGGCUCCAGGAUGAAGGACCGGCUGGAGCAGCUGAAGGCGAAGCAGCUGACACAGGAUGAUGAUGCGGACGAGGUGGAGAUCGCUAUUGACAACACAGCUUUCAUGGAUGAAUUCUUUUCUGAGAUCGAGGAGACUCGGCUCAACAUUGACAAGAUCUCAGAGCAUGUGGAGGAAGCAAAGAAACUCUACAGUAUCAUUCUCUCUGCACCAAUUCCAGAGCCAAAAACCAAGGAUGACCUUGAACAGCUUACAACUGAGAUCAAGAAAAGGGCCAACAAUGUCCGGAAUAAACUGAAGAGCAUGGAGAGGCAUAUUGAAGAAGAUGAGGUCCGGUCGUCAGCAGACCUUCGGAUUCGGAAAUCUCAGCACUCCGUCCUCUCUCGGAAGUUUGUGGAGGUGAUGACCAAGUACAAUGAGGCCCAGGUGGACUUUCGUGAACGCAGCAAAGGGCGAAUCCAGCGGCAGCUUGAAAUUACUGGCAAAAAGACAACAGAUGAGGAGCUGGAGGAGAUGCUAGAGAGUGGCAACCCUGCCAUCUUCACUUCUGGGAUCAUUGACUCCCAGAUUUCCAAGCAAGCCCUCAGUGAGAUCGAGGGUCGGCAUAAGGACAUUGUGAGGCUGGAGAGCAGCAUUAAAGAACUUCAUGACAUGUUUAUGGACAUCGCCAUGCUGGUGGAGAAUCAGGGAACCAUGAUUGACCGGAUUGAGAACAACAUGGACCAGUCAGUUGGCUUUGUGGAGCGGGCUGUGGCGGACACCAAAAAGGCUGUCAAGUAUCAAAGCGAAGCUCGGAGGAAAUUGAUAAUUAUCAUUGUGAUAGUAGUUGUGUUGCUGGGCAUUUUAGCAUUGAUUAUUGGACUUUCCGUCGGACUGUAAUGAGUGGCCUGAGGGGCUGCUGCACUGAAAUAACCUGAUCUCCCUCCAGCCUGGCGUGACCACCUUUAUCAUCAGAUGGGAAUGAAGUCUGAAUGACCUUCCUGAGAGCAAAGGGGACCCGUUCCUUUGUUUCCUUGUGACCACCCUUGGACCUGACUCAGCAAUCAAUCUAGCCCUGGAGGAAUCCAGCCUAUCUGAUGCAACCCUGAGUUCUCCUCAAAACACUCCUGCCCCAGCAACUGAAGUACCUUCCCUCCUGGACCAUAUGAACUGACCCAGCUUUUCCCCUCUGUGGUGUGUCAAAUUAUGCCUUGCACCUUGGAAAGGCCAUGUGAGACCAUCCCAAGGUGCUGUAUCUUCUACCUCAUGGUGUAUUUUCCCAGAAUGCAGUGCAUUUUUCUAGGGGAGUAUCUUUAACAAAGCAGAGGGAUUCUUCUAAGUUUGGCAACAGUAGGGCUUGGAUGGGAGACUUCUGCAUGGCAGGGUGCCAGUCCUAUUUGUCCUGAAAACACGAGUGACUGGCAGAUGUCAUUUUGGUCCAAAAAGUUGACUUGCUUGAAAUUCAACCUCAAAUUCAGCUUUUAGUAAGGUCAAUCUGGGGGCCAAUUUGGUCUUUCUUGAGGUUGUAUACUCUCAUGUUUAUUCAAAGAGGGACCAGGAUGAUAGUCAUCUGAGGUUGCCAUUUGCAAAAACUGAGGGUUUGGAAUAUUAGUUUCCCUUUGAGUCUUGGACACUGGCUCUUCACCUUUGGAGUGAUUCUUUGUGAAGCCAUUGCCCUGAGGCCAAAAAUAACUAGGGAUUUGAAAUUGGGCUGGGGACAAGGUGCUAGAGUCUCAGACUCUGAAAAGGUUUCAUGAGGCUGAGUGUUAGUCACUCAUAUGUUCAGGUGUAUUUUUAUAAGUUUGUAUGUGAGAUGCAUUUACCUGUAUGUGUCUAUUUCUCAGGAAAUAGGAAACUAGAAAAGGCAGAUACUAUGACCUCAAAAAUUAAAAAAAAAUUUUUUUGAGCUGGAUUAAAAACUAGGUAAGGUGCAUUUGUUUACCUGCAAAUGAAUCAUUGUAGAAAUAUGAUCUCAUGUCAUCAAGAAACUUGUUUUCUAGAUGAGAACUGGGAGAAUCAAAUGAGAUACUUGGAUUGAGGACUGAGUUGAUUCACAUUAAGUUUCUGUAUAGCACAUAUACAAGGUGUAAUGUUUUGACACCUUUCCCUAUCUGCUGCCUCCACUAGGCUUUUCCUGAGAACGUCCCGCAGCAAUCCGAUGUUAUCCAUAUGAUCUAUGGGAUGUCCUGUCUUGGAUUGAGUUAGUUGGGAGAGACUAGAGACUACCUGCUACUGGGUGAAUGAGCUUGACAGGUUCUUUGUUUUCCCCAGUUGUCACAGAGGAAGCAACAGCCAGGAAAUUUUCAUGUAGUGACUGCUAAGCCAUAGUUAGUCCCUUAGAUCUCUGCCAGGCUCCUGGAUUUUGGGUACUAGCUGUAUUUCAGCUUUGACUGUAAUGCUUUCUAAGGUAGAGUGAGCACCCUGAUCCAGCACUGCCCAUUAGUUUCCAGUGCAAAGGGUCUCAUUCCUUGUCAUCACCCAGCACUCAGACAGAGCCACAGGGAUGCCCUUCUCCCUGUGGCUGUGAUGUUGGACAGGAGACAAGCUCUAAUCUCAGGCCUUUACUGUCCUCUGAGACUGAGGCCUGUAGCUUAAAGUUUGGAAUGCAACACAGGAAGGGUUUUUGUAUUUUUUUAAAUGUGAAUUUGAUUAUUUUAUUGCUAAUUUAAAAAUAAAUGACUUUAUAAUGAUUGCAACAGUUCUGGCUCUUAUCUCCCUGCAAACACUUGGUGAUGUGGUGCCACCAUGUGGUGGUUUUUGUUCAGGUUUUGGAACACAAAUGGUUGUAAUGGUUCACUAGUUCAAAUUUUUGAAAAUGGCUUCUUCACUCCCAAAGAAUGCAGUGUACCUGUACUUGAGUUUCAGAGUUGAGGUACUUUCUGCAAAAGAAUUUGUUCACUCACGCAGAGCUAUUUUCCUAUAAAUACUCUGGAAACAUUUCUAUAAACACUCAGGGUUCCAGAAGCCAGAUCCAUCUCUCUUUCCUUCUGCUUCUCCUUUUCCCUUCAUACCCUCUUCCAUGUUCAGAAGCAUCAUCUUCCUUUAGUCAGUACUGUCUCCUGCACAGUGAUGUCAUUGCUCAUGUGCUUUUUCUUUCCUUGUCUGGAUGAACAGAAGAAGAUCAUGAUCAUGAUCUGCUGUGUUAUCCUUGCGAUCAUCUUGGCUUCCACCAUUGGGGGCAUAUUUGCCUGAAAAAGGUGAGCUGUCAGUGGGGAGGAGGGUCAGGUCUGCUUUCACUGGACACUCUUGUGUUCUGGGGCCUUCUCUUUGUCACCAGGCGCACUAAUCUGUGUGUGAUGAGGUGCUGGAAUAGGUAAAGAAUAGGGAAAACCAAGGAAAAGGAUAUUUCAUGGACAAAUGGGCGGAGUUGGUAGCAGUCAGUGGGAGAGGAAGGGAGAAAGGCAGAAAUCUGUAACUGGGUCUGGGAGCAGAAUGCUUUGCACAGGUCAAGUCAUUGAUUCCUGCCAUAAAAAUUGAGCCUUGGUAUCUGGGAAUGGCAGAAGGAGCAAGAAUUAGUUCUUGCAUUAGGUGGACCCUGGACUCUUUCAAAUGGGGCCGCACAGUAGAUCUACAUCAAAUAAAGGUCUUCCCUUGGGGUUAGGAUAAGUUAGUGUAGCCUGAUGAAUACUGUCUUACCCCUGUAUAAGAGGGAUUUGUGUGAAAUUCAAAUACCAUGCUCUACAGUCUAUGAUUUUCCCCUUCAUUCUUCUGUCCUCACAGAUGGAUCUUCGUGGCAUUUCCAAUCCUCCCACCUCUGUGGGGUCAUCACUUCUCUACUGCAGACUCCUCAUCAACUACACCUCUUUCCAUUAGGAAAUUUCUUAAGACACAUGGCAUCAAUCAGCUGCUUACUAAGUUAUGCAAAGGGAGAACUUAUGCAAAUAUGGAAAUGGGAGGGGGAAGGGAUGAAGGAACAGAGAGCACAGCUGUAUUUACAGUUGGUUAGGCAAAUAGUUUAAAGGGCGGGCCUGUGGGGUAGAGCAGAAGUCAUGGUGGGUACCAUAGGAGAUAAUACCUGGAGCCCACACCGACAGAUGGCUGUGAAGAGGCAGUUCCUAUAGCACACCCAGUUCAGCAGGCUCUUAUGUGAACUGCUGUGAACUGAUCAAGAUCAGCACACUUGUUACUUCUGCUUUUAAGGCUUUUCUAGGUCUCACCCUUGACCAACUGUGUAUCUUCCUCCUUUAGGGUCCAACAGUAGUCUUAAAAUGGGAAGUACCAGGCCUUGUCUUGCUCACUGCUCUGUCCCCAGUGCUUAGCACAGUGCCUGCCACUCACAGGUGCCCAAAUGUUUGCUGACUUAAUGACCUAUCAUCAAGUUGUGAUUUCAGUCACGGAGGCGUGCUUGGGAUUGCCUCUUUAAAGGCAUCAAUGGGAACCUGUUCUUUUCUUGUCAGAAGCUGUGUAAAGCUGCCAGCCCUGGCUGAUCGAUUUAUAUAAAAUGCUCCAAACCCCAACCCCCAAUCACCAGAACACAUACUUUAUUAAAAUGCUUUUUUGUGGGUGGUGAUGGUGGAGUCUUAUUAGUAGUCUUUCUGUAGAGAUGGUUGGUUGCAGGAUGGAAGUUCACUAAUGGACCCUCAACAAAAGAAACACAUUUAUACCACGACUGAACUUCCAGCUCAGCACACCAUGCUCUGUGGUCCAUACAAACAGGUGAAGGUCUAAGGAGGAAUAAGUGAUCGCUUGCUGCACUUCUUCCCGAUAUGUGUUGCAGGCUGAAACUGUUGGUUGGAAUGCACCAGCACAAAGUGGUCCAGAUGCUGUGCCCAACUCAAGGUUUUUAUGUUCACCUUUAAAACUAUGUAUAUGUGAGUUCCAGUAUGACUUAGUGAUUACAUUGCAAGCAUCUCACUAAAAAUACAUUAAAAUUCACAGUAUGUGACUGUUGAGGACCACCCACCUGUGCAGAUGUGUACUUCUGAAAAUCAAUUAAAUUCUUAUUUUCUUUGC